UCACCAAAACAAAGUAUAGUCAUAGACAGACACUAAAACUAUGGCUUCAAGACCUGGAAUCCUCACUGCUUGGCCAUGGAAGCCUCUUGGAAGCUUUAAGUAUGUGAUAUUGGCACCAUGGGCGAUUCAGAGCACAUAUAGUUGGAUGGUGAAGGAGGAAAGUGAAAGGGACUUAGCAAACUUUCUGAUUCUUCCUCUGUUGCUAUGGCGGAUGCUUCACAAUCAGAUUUGGAUCACUCUCUCUCGCUAUCGAACUGCAAAAGGAAACUCCAGGAUUGUUGAUAAAGCCAUUGAGUUCGAUCAAGUUGAUCGCGAAAGAGACUGGGAUGACCAAAUAUUAUUCGGUGGGAUAUUAUUUUAUUUGGCAAACCAAACCAUGAAAGGGGCAUCUCAGAUACCUUUAUGGAGAACAGAUGGUGUGGUGAUCACAAUAUUGUUACAUGCUGGUCCAGUGGAGUUUCUUUAUUAUUGGCUUCACAGAGCUCUUCAUCACCAUUUUCUCUAUUCUCGCUAUCAUUCUCAUCAUCAUUCUUCCAUUGUCACUGAGCCCAUUACUUCCGUGAUCCACCCAUUUGCAGAGCACAUAUCGUAUUUCCUGUUGUUUGCCAUACCGAUGAUGACGGUAGUGGUGACCGGCACGGCAUCGGUGGCGGCGUUGGCCGGUUAUUUGACUUUCAUUGACUUCAUGAACAAUAUGGGUCACUGCAACUUUGAGCUCAUUCCCACCUUCCUCUUUCGCGUCUUUCCUCCUCUCAAAUAUCUCAUGUACACCCCAACGUUUCACUCUUUGCACCACACACAGUUCAGGACAAACUACUCUCUGUUUAUGCCAUUAUAUGAUUACAUAUACGGAACUGUGGACAAAUCAACAGAUGAGUUACAUGAAAGUGCACUUAAAAGGAAAGAAGAAUGCCCAGAUGUUGUGCACCUAACACAUCUCACAACUCCUGAAUCUGUAUAUCAUCUUCGACUUGGAUUUGCAUAUUUGGCCUCACAACCUCACACAUCAAAGUGGUAUCUAAAGUUAAUGUGGCCUCUAACGCUGUGGUCCAUGAUUUUCACUUGGGUCUACGGUCGUACCUUCACAGUGGAGAGAAAUCGUUUUGAUAAACUCAAGCUUCAAACUUGGGUCCUCCCCAAGUACACCAUUCAAUACUUAAUGCAAUGGCAAAAAGUGGCUAUAAACAGAGUGAUAGAGGAGGCAAUAGUGGAAGCAGAUAGGAAAGGAACAAAAGUGAUAAGCUUGGGUUUAAUGAAUCAAGAAGAAGAGCUAAACACCUAUGGAGGACUCUAUCUAAAGAAGCAUCCAAAGCUAAAUGUUAAGGUGGUUGAUGGAAGCAGUCUGGCUGUUGCUGUGCUUCUUCACAAUAUUCCGAAGGCAACAAUUCAAGUCCUACUUAGAGGCAAACUCACCAAAGUUGCUUCUGCCCUUGCCUUUAAUUUGUGCCAAAGGGGUAUUCAGGUAGCUACUGUGCAUGAGGAGGAGCACAUGAAGCUAAAAAACUCAUUCAACAACAAAUGUGGAAGUAAUUUGGUUAUCUCUAAAAGUUAUUCUCAAAAGAUAUGGCUAGUGGGAGAUGGAUUGAGUGAAGAAGAACAACAAAAAGCACCAAAAGGAACAACCUUCAUUCCAUACUCACAACUCCCACCGAUCAAAUAUCGCAAGGAUUGCUCAUACCACUGCACUCCAGCCAUGCUAACUCCUUUGUCCCUUGAGAAUGUUGAUUCUUGUGAGCAGAACUGGUUACCAAGAAGGGUAAUGAGCGCAUGGCGAAUAGCUGGAAUAGUGCAUGCUUUAGAAGGAUGGAGUGAGCAUGAAUGUGGAUAUGCAAUGCUCAAUACUGACAAAGUUUGGAAGGCAGCUCUUCAACAUGGCUUUCAACCUCUCAAUCACCUAUCAAACUAAUCAUAUCAGCUUCAGCAGCUUUAAGGGACAAAUGGGGGAUUUCACUUGACAAGUGGGGCCCACCUCGUAUCUUUUGAUUUCUCAUGUUGGAACAUUCUAACUCUAGAUCUGUUUAUAAGAAACAUAUUAUAGUUAAGCUUGCCAAGUAUGAAGGUAGUAUAGUGUAAUAUGGAUGUGAAACUUGGUAUUAUGGGAUUUCGUUCUCUCUUAAGCAUCAUGUACUCCUCUUGUCUUGGUGUGGUUUGGAUUUAGAUCUAUUUAUAAGAAACAUAUUAUAGUUAAGUUUGCUAAGUAUGAAGGUAGUAUAAUGUAAUAUGAAUUUGAAACUUGGUAUUA